AUGUUCUCCAAAGCCUUCUUCGCCAUCGCCGCCCUCGCGGUCACCGUUUCUGCUGUCCCCUCCCCGUCAGCUGUGUGCAGCGGUGGUCGCCGCGCGAGCAGCAAGGCUUGCUGUGUCUGGUUUGAUGUCCUCGACGACCUCCAGGAGAACCUCUUCGACGGUGGCGAAUGCGGCGAGGAGACUCAUGAGUCUCUUCGCCUGACCUUCCACGAUGCUAUCGGAUUUUCUCCCAAGCUCUUCCGUGAGGGCAAAUUCGGUGGCGGAGGUGCUGACGGCUCGAUCAUGCACUUUGCUGACAUUGAGACCAACUUCCACGCCAACGGCGGUGUUGACGAUAUCGUCGAGACCCAGCGUCCCUUCGCUCUCGCCCACGGCGUGUCCUUCGCCGACUUCAUUCAGUUCGCCGGCGCCGUCGGUGUGUCGAACUGUGCUGGUGGCCCUCGUCUCCAAUUCUUGGCUGGCCGCUCCAACGUCACGAAGCCGUCUCCAGACCUCCUGGUUCCCGAGCCCUCGGACGACAACGACAAGAUCUUCGCGCGGAUGAGUGACGCUGGGUUCUCGCCCAACGAGGUUGUCGACCUCCUGAUCUCGCACACUGUCGCUGCCCAGGACCACGUUGAUGCCUCCAUCCCUGGAACUCCCCUCGACUCCACCCCCGGCUCCUUCGACUCCCAGUUCUUUGUCGAGACCCUCUUGCAGGGCACUCUGUUCCCGGGCAACGGUUCGAACGUGGGCGAAGUCAUGUCCCCGCUUGGCGGCGAGCUCCGGCUCUUCUCGGACAAUAACAUCGCCCGCGACGCACGCACCGCGUGCGAGUGGCAGUCGUUCAUCACCGACCACAGCCUGAUGGUGACCAAGUUCGAGACGGUGAUGGCGAAGCUGGCGACGCUCGGGCAUAACCCGCGGACGCUCACGGACUGCUCUGAAGUCAUCCCCGUCCCCGCGGCGAUGAAGCUGCCGGCUGCGACGCUCCCGGCGGGCAAGUCGCUCGCGGAUGUUGAGGGUGCCUGCGCCGCCACGCCGUUCCCCGCGCUCAGCGCUGCUCCGGGCCCGGCCACUACUGUCGCCCCUGUUCCUCCUUCUUAA